AUGGCAUGUAGUAAGGAAGAAAUUGAACGAAAACGUUUAGUCGCGUUACAGAAGAUAAAAAAUAAAACUUCCCAUUCACAAAAUGAUUCUACUUCAUCGUCUGCGUCUUCGGGGACAUCAUUUGCAAGUCCAAACUCUUCUAUUGGUCCUAUGAGAGUUUUGAAUAAAACAAAUAGCCCUAUAUCUCAUCCAUAUGUAAAAAAAAUCCAAAUUAAAGACAAUCAAGUACCUGUAUCAAAAGCUGUUAGUGGAACAGUCUAUUUAGUUUCAGAAGAUCGAUUUGAAGUAAAUCCAUCAGAAUUUUGCAUACCACUAAUAAAUAUUUUUAAAACAAUACCAUCAAAAAGCUAUGAUUCAAAAUCCAAACUUUGGAACUUUUCCAUAAGUGACUAUAAUGACUUAAUGAUAAAAGUAAAUCCCUUGUCUCCUCAUGUUGUUCUUGGACCUUUGCCUCCUUAUGUAUUAAAGAUAUUAAAAGAAAAGGUGUUGGACCCUAACUCGAUAGAUUUAUCACCUAUUGAAGCAACUCUUAGAAAUAAAUUAAUGCCUUUUCAAGAGGAAGGUGUUAGAUUUGGCAUAUCUCGGCGCGGGCGCUGUAUGAUAGCAGAUGAUAUGGGCCUCGGCAAGACAUUUCAGGCUUUAGCUAUCGCUAGCUAUUACAGGCAUAAUUGGCCUCUAUUGAUUGUCACAACUUCAUCUAUGAGACAAACAUGGCAGAGUAAGAUUCAUGAAUUAUUACCAACAGUACCGAUGAUGAAUAUAGUGACACUGACUACAGGAAAAGAUGCUCAAUCGGUUGCUGAUCAUCAGACUGAGGUUGUAAUCGUCAGUUAUAAAAUUACCACCAUGCAUACUGAUCUAUUGAAGAGCAAACAGUUUGGGGUUGUUAUCAUUGACGAGUCCCACUAUCUCAAGUCUCACAAAGCGCAGUGCACAGUGGCACUUGUGUCUAUAGCUAGACAUUGUUCCCGUGUCGUACUGUUAAGUGGAACACCAGCGUUAAGCCGGCCAGCAGAAUUGUACACGCAGCUGACUCUCAUUGAGCCUAAAUUGUUUACAUCUUACACAGAAUAUGGUAAAAGAUAUUGUGCUGGUAAGCAGACUAAUUUUGGCUGGGAUAUGUCUGGACAAUCGAAUCUAGCUGAGCUACAGAUAAUAUUACAGAAACGAUUCUUAAUACGACGGACUAAGGAACAAGUUCUGACAAAGCUGGAAGAGAAAACAAGGGAAUCAAUAUUACUUGACGAAUCGCUUUUGGAAUUCUCGAAAGAGAACCAACAAGGACUUCAAGAGAUGGCAGAGGCCUAUAAGAAAAGCAAGUCGUCAGAGAAACACGCUGCUUUAGUUACAUUCUUCAGUGAAUCAGCCAAGAUUAAAAUUCCUGCAAUAUGUAAAUACCUAAAACAACUUCUGAAGGAGUUUGAAGGAAAGUUCUUAGUUUUCGCCCACCACAAAAAUGUUAUAGACGCGAUCUGUUUAACACUGGACGAAACCGGCGUCCACUACAUUUGUAUAGUGGGUUCCACUCCUGCGCAUACCAGAGCUGAUUUAGUCGAUAAGUUCCAAUACACGCCAAGUUGCCGCUGUGGAGUACUCUCCAUAACAGCUGCUAGCUCCGGACUAACACUCACUGCUGCUGACCUAGUACUCUUUGCUGAGCUACACUGGAAUCCUGGCAUUUUAACUCAAGCAGAAUCGCGUGCGCAUCGUUUGGGCAGACAAGGAGGCGUUUGCGCACGAUACUUGCUUGCUCGGGGCACAGCCGAUGACCAUAUGUGGCCAAUGCUGCAGAACAAACUUAGCGUGCUUAACAAUGUCGGUCUUAGUAGGGACACUUUUGAAGAUACUGCUAUGAAACACCAGGAGAGCAGAAAUAACAUAAUUCAAUACUUAUCACCGAAAAUAAAUAAAAACGACUACAUACCAGGAACUAAUAUACGCAAAGAUAGCUUAGCUCAAGAAUCGAACAGAGACAGGCAGACAAACACAGUAGAUCAAUUUCUGCAGGACGAAGAAGGAGAUGAACUUUUAGCCACAAUGGAUUUAUAA